ACAAACAAGUUGUUAUUGCCUCGUCGUUGGGGUUCAGUUUAUUGUUCCAAAGAGACUUUCGUGUGGUGAAGCAAAACCUUUCAAAAAACCGCACGCAUAUCGAAAGGAAAUUAGCUAGCUAUUCUUAUAGCCGAUCUCUGGCGCUAGACCGAGUUAAGGUAGAUCGAUAUCCAGGGAAGGUAAAUGAGAUACAAGGGCAGUACGUACGCGCCAGUGGUUCAGAAGGCGACUUUCCUUGCCUGAGGCCACUACUUCACAACGUCGUGUUCUAUGUUUCACAGGUUACCUAGUGUCGUUGAAGACGUUAAGUUACGUGAGAGAAUACGGCCUGUAAAUCUUAAUCAGCGUCGGUCGAAAUCGUUAUGUUGCCAUAGUCCAUUCGCGCUGUUUACUUACCGACCGAAGCCGUCACCCGUGUAGGCAGCUGCCGUAUUUUACUGGUUGGUGUGAGAUUGCUUUAGAAGGUGCGAGAAAUUCUUUCGGCCAUCGUCGAAACUCAGAAGGAAAACCGAAAGCAAGUAAGAAGUAGUAAGUAGUGGAUUGCUUAAGGAAGUCUUUCCCGUGUGGUGUACUGAACAUUUUUACUGAAGAAGAAUGAAACGGACCCGUCUAAAAUCCAAGACACCACCCGCUAUCAACUUUUAGCAAAGGAUUUUUAAAAAAACUUGGAUAUUUUCUCAUCCGUUUGCACCGGUUUUAUACCGAACUGCGUUAGCGGAAUAUACUUUGAAUUGAAAUGUACCCGUUCCUGAAAUCGUGGAUAGAGGCAAAGCAGAAAAGUUCAAAUGUGUCUCAAUUACCUGACAUGACAUCAUAUACCUCAAUGAACGGUGAUGCCAGUCAUCUUCAUAUGGAUGAUACUGCUAGGAAAAGUGAUCCUGGACCUGGAUACCCAGCAAUUUUUAAAGUUGCAACAGAGGGACUUUCCCCAAACCGAAACAUGAAGGACUAUGGAACUCAAAUUUCAGAUCUAAAAAAGGAGAAUUUCAGUUUGAAGCUUCGAAUAUUUUACAUGGAGGAGCGGAUGCAGGAAAACUUCACUGGUGAUCAUGAACAACUCGUUCGUACGAACAUUGAAUUAAAAGUUGAAUGUGAUGGUCUCCGAAGAGAACUGCAAGACAAACAUGAUCUAUUGGUUAAAGCUUCGAACGCAGUUGCUUGUAUGGAGUCGAAUGGACCUGAAGAUUUGCGUAAAGCUCGAAGUGAAGCUGAAAAUGAACUGCAACAACUGAAGGAAAUAAUGAAUGAAAAAGUUCAAGCUGCUGAGAAGGACUUGUUAGCUGCCCAGCAGGACGCUGAAGGAACACUGCAGCAAGCCCUUGACCUCAAAAAACAACUUGAUGAAAUAAAAUCUGAAAACAAAGCUCUUAACCAGGAGUUGCAUGAGGUCAGAUCUGCAUUGGAAAAAAACUCAAGCCAGCAAACAGACAGUGGUAACUUUGAUGAUAAAAUAUCCUUAGAUGAUGAUGAUUCAAACUUAAAGCAACAAGUUGAUGAUUUAAAUGAAGAAUUAGAUGAAAAAGACAGAACCAUCAGUCAACUGAAAGAAGGUUUAUCUUCCAAGCAAACAGUGAUUGAAUUGUUAAACGAGGAAAAACAAUCCAUUCUUGACCAGCAGGUGGCUCCCUUGAUCAAGGAGAAAGAACAAACACGGCAAAAAUUAAAAGACCUUGAAACUGAACUCAAAGCUGCUAAAGACAAGGAAGACAAAAGUCAAGUUGAAUACCAGGAAAUGCUGCAUUUACAAGAUGAUUAUCAGGAGCACAUGAUGGAACAACAACAAAGAUUAGAUGAAUAUGAACUUGCUACUAAACAAAUGUCAGAAGAACUUGACAGAAGAGAAACAGAAGUGAAGGAUUUGAAACAAGCAUUAGACGAAGCUGAAGAAAUGAACAACGAUCUUACUUCGAAAGUUGAAGAAAUGGAAAAAGAUUUCAAAGAAAAAGAAUCUCGUGCUCAACGUGAUGUCAAUAAGCGGGAUCGAGCUAUCGCUGGUCUAACAAAGCUUCUACAGAAGAAAGAAGAUGAAAUAGAGAAUUUGAAUGAUGAAGUGAAAGACCAACAAGUUAAAGCUGAAGAGCUGGCUGAUGCUAUUCGACAACUGGAGAUACAGAAGCCAAUGUCAAGUACCAAGGAUAACUUGCUUGAUCAACUACGACAACAACUUAAACAAGCAGAUGCUGCACUGCAGGAUGCACUUGAUGAAAAGUUGAAGACACAAGAUGAUCAUGAUAAGAAGAUAAGGGAGCAACUUCAGCAACAUCGGGAGCAGGAGAGACAGAUGGAACAUCUUAAAACUUCGUUGCAAGUAAGUGAAGAAACAGUGGUAUCCAUGGAUCAGAUGAUAAAUGAAAAAGAUAAAUCUCUUCAAGAUCUCACAAAUAAACAUAAAGCAUUGCUCAAGGAACUGCAGCAAAAAGAAGAGCAGAGGAUUUCAGCUCUUCGUGAGCGAGAUGAACUUCUCAUCCAUUGUGAUGAGGAGAAGCUCCGGUUCACUGAGAUGAGCAGGAAGAUGUUGAGAAGAUCAAGCUCCGAUAUUUCAUCCAACAUCUCCCAGAUGGAAGCAGAAAGAAGAAUAUCUGAUCUUCAACAUCAGUUGAGGGAAAAGGAGGAGGAAUAUAAGGAAGCUCAGUCUUCUCACGAUAGAGUUGCUUCUGAUCUUCGUUCCUCCACCAGUGACCUACAAAAAGCGCUCCGUUCCAAGGAAGAGGAGUCCGAGAGACAUCGGAGGACCAUUGCUCAACAAGAUGUGGAGAUGCACAAGAUGAAGGAGGACAUUAGGAGCAGAGAUGAGGAGAUUCAGAACCUCCAAUCUGAGAUUGAGAACAAAGUUUCCAAUCUUUUAAACAUCAACUCCGAUCUUCAGAACAAACUCGUCUCUAGCGAGCAAGAGCUUCAGAACCUCAACAGCCAGCAGAUGGCAGUACAGCGCCAACAUGAACUGCAGAGGAAAAAUCGCCACCCUUCCUCUAUUAGCUUGCUUUCUCUUUGGUCAAGUCAGGAUGAGUCUGAAUCGUUGAACCAUGAAAUCCAAAGUCUUUAUAAAGAGAUAACAACUUUGACUCAACAAGUUGCUGAUAAAGAAGAAGUUAUUCAGCGAUUACAGCACACUCAGCACAACACUUAUAUCCACAAUGAACAUAUCAACAUGGGUUUAUCUGAUGAUAGCAACACUUCAUCUAGUGGUGAAGACACGCACAGCACUAACAACCACCACACACAUAUACAAUCACCUAACCAGAGGAAACUUAACAAAAGACCCAAUAAAGCAGACAAACAAACCAGUUUUGCCAACUAUUCAACUACAGAUGGUGGCCACCAUGAACCGCUUCGAACUAGUUUAAACCGGUCCAAAAUCCACACAGAGAAUGUGACAUGCAAUGGUACAAUGAACACCACACUUGGUUUUCCACUUGACCAAACCUCAUACAUGGAUAUGCCUGAUGGUUCCAACCAUAAUGGUAACCAUGGUGAUGAAAGUAAUGCAGAUCUAUCUAACUUGACCACACACGAGCUUAAACAAGUGCUUAUAAACACAAGAAAUCAGUUAUCUGACUCAUUGCAUGAAAUAUCUGACCUGCGUGGAUCAUCCAUCAACCUUAAGGAACAAUCGGAACAACUUCGAAUCAUUCUCGAUGAGAAAGAAAUGGAGAAUCAGCAGCUGCUUGAUGACAAAUUAGCAAAGGAAUCUGAGAUCCUCGGACUUCUCUCCCGCAUCCGGGACUCUGAGAAGAUCCCUCUCACCACGAGGAGCAACACUUCAACAUCCUCCGAUCUUAUCUCACAAGAUGGGAGUUUAUCAUCCAGAUCAAGGCAUUUAUCUGGUGAAGAGUCUGAUGGUAUGAGCAACUUUAGUCGAAAGGAACUUCAUCAGAUGAUUAUCAACCUCCGGAAGAAGCUGCAGAAUGCUGAGAAGGUAAAUGAGUUGCUGAAGCGACAAGUGCAUGAUCAGUCAAGCAUGAAAGAUUCAAACGAACCAAUCAACAACGAGCGUGUUGAGGAGCUUGCUGCUGAAGUUGAAACAUUGAAACAACAACUAUUUGAUGAACGCAACAAAUUAAAAAUUCAUCCUUCAAAGAAAUCAUCAGCUUCCGUAUUGAAGAGUCGAUUACCCGUGCCAUCUGGUCUUGCUGCCAAACCCGUAGAUUGUGAGAAACAUGAUUUAGAACGAGCUCGUAACAUGAAUAAGAAACUCAAUGAAAAACUUGCAGCCACUGAACAGACUGUGAGACAACAAGGGGAUAAAUUGAACAAGUGUAGAGCUGCCAUGCGUGAAGCUGGUAUAUUUAGUCCACCAUGCUCCCCCAUACGUGCCGCACGUAGUGUACCCAAUCUUUACACACACCAUAUCAACGAUGUUGUCACACAAGAACUUGUGGAUGCAGAAUCUGCCAAGCGUCUCGGUGACGGACGUAAUCACAGCAAUGAAACAAACGAUGUGAGCACGCAGACUCAUUCCAACGUUGAUAGCGGCUUCGCUUCUGUCUCUCCGAAGUCUGAAGAGAAGUUUAAUUCCCUCAUACAAGCACAAGCAAAAGAACUUUCUCAACUUCGUGAAAAAUUAAAGAAAUCAAGAAAUACUUGUCAGCAUCUUGCUACUGAGAUGGACGUCGUCACGCGGUACAUCAACACUCUACUGAACUCUAGUGGUGACCACAUCGACCCGAUGAUCAGUAGUAGUGUCAACGCUGAGAUUGAACGAAGCAGAAAACUCGUUCAAAAACUUCAAAAGCAUUUGGCAGAACAUGGAGAUACUUCUCAAUCUGAAAGUGAAGGUGAAACUUCUCUACCAAGCUCCGCUUCAAAACUUAUCGUCAACUCACAAAAUAACCAAAUUCAAAGACUCUCAGCAGAAUUACAUAGCAAGACGACUAUAGUAAAAGACUUGGAGGACAGAUUGGAGAACUUGCAGUUAUAUGUUGAUAGCAUGCAAGUAGAUGAACCACGUGUUACACCAGCUAACACAAGCAACACAUACACAAGGGAGAAAUGGCUCAGUUCACCAAAUCUACAAACUGAUAGUGGAAGCCAUCAUACUCAUACAGUGAAAAAACGUCCAUCUUCAUUUGAUCCUCGUCAUGGGAUGCUCACUCCUUCAUCCUCGCAUCACUCCCUGUUGUCAGGAACCGAGGAUGAGAUGAUGAUUCACGACUCAUCACGUUUACCAUCAAAACUGGAUUACCACGACGACCGUUACGCUUCAUUACCCUCUGCGCUCGACACGCAUCACCAAACACAUCGAGCCUCGUGGCCCGAAAAUAAGAUGCAAUCCUGCCCAGUGACACCGGGUAGAAAAUCAAUGCCAAUGUACCAACGUACGAUUGCUGUCACUGAAUAUUUGCCUUCAAAACAUUCAAAAGAUCGUUCACGAUCUUCAUCAGGAGCGGAUGACUCGAUGGUUGAGAGCAGAAGAAGAAGAUUACCGACCACAUCCGAGGAAGCGCAAUGUACGGCUGCGUUCGGUGGAGCGUGGACACCAACAUCAGCCACGCCACGGAAAUCUGAUAAAAUAUCGAUUCUUAAACAAAGUCCAUACAACAACCGUAGUCACGCUUGUGAGAGCUCAUGUGAUGAGUUUCAUGACCACAAGUUAUCACGGGAGCUCGAUCGACUUCGUAGAAGAUUAUCGGAUAGUAAGAAAAUAAACAGAUCCCUUCGUGAAGAGCUCGAUAUUGCAAGUAAGAGUUUACAGAAAGCACGAGAAACCAACGUACCAAGCUACCAACGCUCUAUGAGGAACCCAACAGACCUCCUCGCUGAUCAUCUGAGUGAGAUCCGAGGAUUAAGGCAGAGGUUGGAGAAGAGCAUCGGAACAAAUGAUCAUCUUCGUGAAAAACUUGAGCAGAAACUACAAGAUCAUGAUGAUCAUGAACAUUUAUCAACCAAUAUUUACGUCUCCCCGGAAAACCCAACGAACCGUGACGCACUGGAGGCUGAUGAUUUGCGUCGGAGACUAGCGCUCGCUGAAGCGGAAAACAAAGAUCUUCUUGAAAGACUCGGCUCCGAGGAAGAAAUCAAAGCAACUUAUGCAGCUGCCAUUCACGAACUGAAUACUCUCCAAUCCCACCUAGUGGAGAAGUCCACACAGACAGACAUGUUAUCAAAACACGUCGAUCAACUACAACGGGAAUUAAAAGAACAAACAGCUUUGUCGGAGAAGUUAGGAUCCGAACUAAACAUGAGUCGUGGUGAAGUUGACGGCUACAAACAUCAACUUGAACGAGUUGAAUCGGAGAAGAAUGAUGCGCUGUAUCGUGAGAAGAAGGGAAGGGAAAAAACAACUCGAUUAAACAAAGAACUCGACCACAUGUAUGUUCAACUUAACGAGUGUCGACAACUCAUUGACUCCCUCAAGUGUGAGGUUUCUCUUCAUGAGAAAGUUACGAGGAGAGAAUCCCGAUCUCAGCAUCCAGAAAUUGAUCUCACUGAACUCCUGGAUGAAGUUCGAUCUUUAAGAGUCCAACUUGAGAGAAGCAUUGAGACCAACUCUGCGCUCCGGAAGCAGCUGGAAGAGCAACUGAGGCAUCCGAGGACUCCAGACCGAGAUGGAUCUCGAACCACCAUCAACAUCCACCAUCUGACUCCUCCACGAGGAUCAAAAGUUCGAUCUUCUCCAAAAUCUUCACAUAACGCUCGCAGGAGUCUUAAACUAGAUUCAUUGAUGGGUGAAGACAGUGCUCUCAUGACUCCUCCUGCCUCCGCAUCAUCCGGAGCAGAAGAUCACGGGAGUAAAUCCUUCCCAUUCGACACCAGCACCACCAACCAUCACAAUAAUCAUGGAAGUUUCAAUAAACUUCCCGUCUCAUGUUCGACUCACUCCAUACCUGAUCAUUACUCGCCACAUGGUGGCGAUGGAGAGAGACCUUUGUAUUGCAAGAAAGGUCUAUACACACUGUGCAAGCAUGAAGACUUUACAUAUCUCCAACAAAGUAUAUUGGACAGUGGUUUGCUUGCACAAGCUACUGAUGAUCAAAUAGCGAGGAAACUUGGUGAAAUCAAUUCAUCAAAACAUAUGAACCCGGAAAAGAAAAUGCUUCGUGAUAUAUCUGUAUCUAUCGGUGCAUUACGUCGUCACCUCAAUAAUAGCGAUCAAAUAUUAGGAAACUUUUGGCCUGCAGAUAUUCCCAUGCUCACUGAACCACACGAACGUGUCAGGUCGUUUACCUCAUCUGGUGUUGCCACUGGAGGGGGCUCAUCAGCAUCAGAGAGCACCAUGAAUAGGGGAGCAGAGUCAGCUGGAGAAUAUGCAAUAAGCUCAGAGACCGAUGGUCUACGAAGGGAAGUUGGUAAACUUCGGCGACGAUUGACAACUCAAGAUAAAUUAUUGCAAAGCACGGUAGAACGACUUCAAUCAACCAACAGAAUGAAGGAAGGGAUUGAACAUGCUAUUGUUAAACAGUUGUCAAAAACUCACGAUGUUUUAAAAAAAGCACGUGGCAAUUUGGAGGCCAAAGUAAAUGAACCAGUCCGGCCACAGCAUCGAAUACGUCGUACUUGAUAUAACUCAAUAUAUUUAUCAUACCCACAAUACUCCAUCCAAUUUACUGUGAGCACAUUCCUGCUGGAAGCACAACAAAAAUGCAGUCGGAUCAAACAAGACUUAACUAUGAAUGCUGCUUGUUAGAUUUUGGUUUUAACGCAGGUGCUACUUGUUACUAGCAAACCUGUUAUAUUUUACCGACAACACAACUUUUACUAGUUUUACUUUUUUUUUCUUGGAAUGUUUUGCAUGUUGUACCAGAUUAAUAGUACAGUUUUAAGCCUUAAAUGUCCAAUUGUUGCCGUUUUUUCGUACAGUUGUACUGUUUUUAAGCCAUGUGGUUAUGUAAUGGUUUUACUAGCGAUUUAACUGCCUGCUUUUGUAGCGGUCACUCAAGCCUUUAUUUUAGCUCUACUCACAAAUUUUAAUUAAAGUAUUUGAAAACAUAUUACACUUCACAUAUUUGCCGUUCUGCUUUCAAAAGUGAUUUUAUUUAAAGUAAAUAUACUCUCAAACCAAAUGCA